CCAUCAUUAACAAAUAAUCGAACACACUCAAAACCAAAUAAGUUUACAAAUCGUCAACAACAUCGAGAAAAUUAUCCAGAAAAUAAAAUUCAAAAAUCCAAUCCAUGUUUAAUUUGCAACAAAAACAAUCAUGCAACAAUAAAAUGUUUUUAUAAGAAGAACAACGGCUGUUUUAAAUGUGGACAAUCAAAUCAUCAAAUACGUGAUUGUCCUCAACAACAUUUUUUCGAAUAA